UGUGUCCUUACCGCUCUUGUAUGCUAGGAUAGCCAUGGAAGAAGAGAUACUCUGCAACUCCACUUCACAGACGAGAGCGGGACCUGAGAAAGUCGAGAAGAGAGCACGAACACUUUGCGCACGGCUGAACGAGGAUGUGCGAACUGUUACUCUCCCCGAAGAGCUUCUUCUCGAAAUAUUCAAGCACCACGUCGCCUCCUUCCACUUCCUUACAAAUGCGGUUUGGAAGCCGCAAGGAACCUGGUCCUCGGACGUAUACGGAUGGCUCGCUGUAGCUCAUGUCUGUCGUCACUGGCGCGAUAUCGUGCUCUCUGCUCCCGUAUUGUGGACGAAUAUCAAGGCGACAAGCAUAGCGUGCGUAGAGGCCUUCUUCGAGCGUUCUGGACAGGUACCCGUGUCUGUGGUGGGUGCGCUCACCUAUGAAUCGGGAACGGUCCAUUCCCCGCCUCAGCCCUGGGCGCUGAUUUUCCAGAACUCGGCUCGCAUCGAGAGGCUGUUGCUCGAGUAUGACGCCACGACGCCGGAUCAACCAGGGAUCUUUGAUGCCCCCGCGUUCCCUCAGCUUAGGUUCCUAGCUCUCACUGCCACAACCGGCCGUAGCGUGUUGCAUAACCUCUUCCCUCCUGUACUUCGCCUCGUCCAAGAAUCAUUGGCUCUGGAGACACUGGAGACCACCUUCCUCUCAUUUUUUGCCGCCUCGAAGCUCUUCUCCCCUAAUUUGCGCAACCUCACUCUGGUCAACUUUAGCUGGCCGACAGACAUCGACGCCAGCGCUCGGUGGACAAUGCUGCUGGACGCUUUAAAGGGACUUCCCAAACUCGAGAAGCUCUGGCUACUCGACGGCCCGCCCGACGUGCCGUGGGACUUGGUCUCGCAGAACCUCUUGGAGCCACCGAAGCUCUCAUCACGCCCAAUCGCGCUCCUCAACUUGCGGCAAUUAGUGGUACGAUCAUGCAGUCGUUUUGGGGGAGCCAUCGUGGCCACGCUCCUUGAGAACAUCGAGGUCCAGACGACGCCCGCUUUGCGUCAACUAUAUAUGAUUGGCCCCCCAGAUCGAUCUCAGGGUACCGGGAUUGCCACCUCUAGCCUCGCGCUCCUCGGCUCUGCGCUUGGCAGGAAGUUUGUGGCAGCGGCGGAGGCAGAUCCUCCUGUGCUCAUACGCUCUGUUUGCCUUGAGGCGAAGGAUAUGCGGCGUCACGGUGCCCCUAGGAUCUCGAUUGGCGCAUGGACCGACGUACCAGAUUCUACAGUUCCCGUAGAAGGUGCAUGCUCGGCGUCGCACCUCUUUGGCACCGGGCUGCUCGAGGUCAGCCUGAGCGACUCCAGCGCAGAGUCCAUAUUCCUCCACGUCUUUUCGCGCCUGCCGCUCAGCACGGUGCAGUUCCUCAUGAUCGACGAGUUUCCGCGGGCCGCGUACGGCGGCGAGCCGUAUAUGCCGUCCGAGGUGACGUGGCGCGAUACCUUCGCACACGCGGACGACGUACACAUCCUCUCCGUCUCUGGACGCUCGGCAGAGCAUCUCCCUACGGCUCUUCAUCCGCGCGAUGGCACCCCGGCGUUGCUGUUCCCGAAGCUGAGACACCUCAAGCUCGACCGUGUUGCCUUCCUCGUCGUCUCGCUGUCGGACAGCAUGGAUGCCGAGGAUGAGGUAGAGGAUUUCUGGCAGCGCGGGAGAUGGUAUGACGCGUUUGUCGCUGCGCUCAGGGCUCGGGCGAACCUAGGAAAGCGGGUUGUAAAGCUGACCAUCACCGGCACGGACGCUAUCACAGAGGCUGAGGUGCUCGAACUGGGGAACUACGUGGACGAUGUCGUAUGGGACGGUCGCACAGGACCAGUGGGGACGAAUGACGAGCAAGGAGCUCGGGAUUACUGCUCGUCGAUGCGAGGCCGGCUGUAGUUUGUAUGCUCGAAAGCGUAGUACUGUGAGCAUUUUGGUCCCAGCGUGAGUAGCUAGCAGGAUCGUGCAUGAUGGAACUCAAGCAUUGCGGGAGUUCGGAACGGUACUGAACCAGUUAUGUCUUGUCUGGAGGUCCUACUGACGGCAAUGGCCAUCAUGCUUGCUAAGAUGACGGAAUAUCAUUGCCCCAAUCUGUAUGCAUAGGUGCACGACGUGCAGCAGUUGUAGUCAACAUAUAAGGCAUU